AUGUCUCAAAUGGAAGAAGAAUAUUGUAAUUUAGAGGAUGAAGUUGCAUUACUUACUUGUAGCAGAUCUCCAAAGUCUAAGAAAAUAAAAAAAAGUGAUUGUCUUUCUCCAAGAAAAAAUAUUGGUCAUUGGACGAAGGACGAACAUGAUAAAUAUUUACAAUUCUUAGAAGAUCAUGCUCAUUUAAAGAAAAACAACAAAAUCUUUAAACCAAUGUCAGAAAUCAUUGGAACUCGUUCUCCUAGUUAAUGCAGGUAAAUAAUUCAAUGGAAUUUAGAUCUCAUCAUCAAAAAUUCAAUCCUUUAUCCCCGUAAGUCUAGAGAAAAACUGUAAAAUUGAUAAAAUCAAGUUAAGAAAUAAAAGUAGCAACAUAAUAGUAUGAGGAAACUAAUUAAACAAUAGAUGAUGAAAAAUAAAUUAAAAUGAAAGUUAGAUUAGUCAUGUAUGAUGAUGAUGAAUUAGUAUAAGAGGAUAAAGAAUUUGAUUUAGAUGAAUUGAUCUGA